AAUUUGUUGAUAUUGUGAAGUGAGAACGAAGAGUGAGGGAAAGAUCUUACGUACGUAUUGAAUGUAUGUCUCUAUAAAACGAAAGCAUUUUAUUGUGAACGUAGCCCGGCGGUUUGAGAUAUUCUGCAGGAAAAAUGACAGAAUCCCGAACGGAAUUCAAACUGAAGACCCCUCCAGAAGACGCCAUUUCUUCAGUCAAGUUUGGACCAAAUUCAGCCCAGUUUUUACUCGUAUCGUCAUGGGAUUCAACAGUCCGUCUUUACGACGUUAUAACCAAUACUAUGAGGUUGAAAUAUUCACAUGACAAUGCCGUACUCGAUGUUUGCUUUCAGGAUGCAGUUCAUUCAUAUAGUGGUGGUUUGGAUAACACUUUAAAGAUGUAUGACUUCAACAGUAAUACAGAAACCAUUGUGGGAACCCAUGACAAUGCAAUAAGAGCUGUAGAAUAUUCACCAGAAGUGAAUGCAAUACUCACAGGAAGCUGGGAUGCUUCUGCUAAAUUGUGGGAUCCAAGAAGUGCACGCUGUGUAGGUACUUACACGCAACCAGACAAGGUAUUUACAAUGAGCUUGUGUGGUGAAAAAUUUGUUGUUGGAACAGCAGGACGAAAAGUGUAUGUUUGGGACUUGCGUAAUAUGGGUUAUGUACAUCAGAGAAGAGAAUCAAGUUUAAAAUACCAGACAAGAUGCAUUCGAUGCUUCCCAAACAAACAGGGUUAUGUCCUGAGCAGCAUUGAAGGUAGAGUGGCAGUCGAGUAUCUUGAUACUAGCCCAGAAGUACAAAAGAAAAAAUAUGCUUUCAAGUGCCAUCGGAUUAAGGAAGGCGGAAUUGAAAACAUUUAUCCUGUCAAUGCCAUAAGUUUUCAUAACGGCUACAACACGUUUGCGACUGGUGGAUCCGACUGCUAUGUUAACAUAUGGGAUGGAUUCAACAAGAAACGUUUGUGCCAGUUUCACAGAUACUCUGCUCCGAUAUCAUCAUUGUGUUUCAGCAAUGAUGGAACUGUGUUAGCCAUUGCCUGUUCAUAUAUAUAUGAGCAAGAGAUGUCACCUGAAAAUAUGCCAGAGGACAGUGUAUUCAUUCGUUACGUGACAGAUCAGGAAACGAAACCAAAAUGAACAUAAAUUAUAAAUUGUACAAAUGAAAUAUUGAAAUUCUGAAUUUAAUUUAUGCAGGGUAGAAUUUUAAACUGUCAUUGAAAUAUCAUCAUAUUAUUGUGAAAGAGUGAAAUUUAUUUUUUUAAAUGUUGCUGAAACUGUUACUGUCUGUGGCACUUGUGGAGUGAUGAUCGAUAUUUAACUCAGAUCUACAUAAAAAGCUACUUCAGUUUAUGUUUUCUAGAACAUAAGCGCUAUGGCAAACAAAUAACCAAAUAGUACAAUUGAAACAUGGAUUUUAAAUGCCAUUCUUGUAAAUGUCUAUCCUUUUGUAUUAUUCUUUUUUUUAUUAAAACUCAAGUGAGAAUGAAUAA